GCAGAGUAUGCAUGAGUCACCCUCCUUCCUAUUUAAAAAGUGAAUCUCGAAAGAACUGUAUCUCAAAAAGCAUUGAUAUUGCUAUUUCCACCUCCAUUUUCCGCCGCCUUUAACAAUCACUGAAACAAAACUGCUUGUUCAAAAAUAAUGGAACAGAAAAGCUUUCUGUUAUCAGCGCUGAGUGUUGGGGUUGGAGUUGGAGUUGGAAUUGGUUUAGCUUCUGGACAAUCCGUUUCUAAAUGGGGACCUAAUUAUUCUUUCCCAUCAAACGCCGUUACUGCUGAUAAAUUUGAGCAUGAAAUGCUCCGUCAAGUUGUUGACGGUAGAGAAAGCAACGUUACUUUCGAUAAAUUCCCUUAUUAUCUAAGUGAGCAAACGAGGGUUUUGUUGACAAGUGCUGCUUAUGUUCAUUUAAAGCAUGCUGAAGUUUCUAAAUAUACGCGUAAUCUUGCUCCUGCUAGUAGAACUAUUCUCCUCUCAGGCCCUGCAGAACUUUACCAACAAAUGCUUGCUAAAGCUUUAGCUCAUUACUUUGAGGCCAAGUUGCUUCUCUUGGAUUUAACUGACUUUUCAUUGAAGAUUCAGAGUAAAUAUGGUUCUGGCAACAAAGAAUAUUCUUUCAAAAGAUCCACAUCAGAGUCAACUUUGGAGAAGCUAUCUGACCUAUUUGGCUCAUUUUCAAUCUUUCCACAAAGGGAGGAACCUAAAGGAAAAAUGCACAGGCAAAGCAGUGGAAUGGACCUACAAUCAAUGGGGGGUGAAGCAUCUUGUAAUCCUCCAAAGCUCCGUAGGAAUGCUUCUUCCUCUUCAAAUAUUAGUGGCCUUACUUUGCAAAGCAAUUCUACAAAUUCAGCUCCUUUGAAGCGCACUUCCAGCUGGUCUUUUGAUGAAAAACUACUUAUACAGUCUCUUUACAAGGUUCUGCUUUCUGUGUCAAAAAGAGAUCCGAUAGUGCUAUAUCUGAGGGAUGUUGAUAGAUUAUUAUGUAGAUCACAACAGAUAUAUAACAUGUUCCAAAAAAUGUUGAAGAAACUUUCCGGGCCGAUUCUGAUUCUUGGUUCACGAGUUCUAGAUUCUGGUAAGGAAUUUGAAGAGAUCGAUGAGAAACUUACUUUGCUCUUCCCGUACGAUAUAGAAAUCAGACCUCCAGAAGACGAAUCACGUCUUGUCAGCUGGAAGUCUCAAUUGGAAGAGGAUAUGAAGAUGAUUCAAGUUCAGGAUAACAAGAAUCACAUCACGGAAGUGCUUGCAGCCAAUGAUCUUGAUUGCGAUGACUUGGAUUCCAUCUGUGUGGCAGACACAAUGGUUCUCAGUAACUAUAUAGAAGAGAUUAUUGUGUCAGCAUUAUCUCACCAUUUGAUGAAAAACAAAGAUCUUGAAUACAGAAAUGGGAAGCUAAUUAUUUCUUGCAAUAGUUUGUCGCAUGCAUUGAAUAUAUUCCAAAAGAAGGAAAAAUUCUGUGGAAAAGAUACAUCAAAGUCAGAAGAUCAAGCUCUAAAGUCUGAGACUCCAAGUGUUGGAGAGACUGUUGUGAAACCAGCAGUGAAGGCUGAAAAUGCUGCUCCUGAAAAAAAGGCUGAAGCAGCAGUAUCAACUUCAGUUGCAAAGACAGGCGUUGAAAAAUCGGUUCCACCAUCAAAAGCUUCUGAAGCUUCUCCUGACAAUGAAUUUGAGAAGCGAAUAAGGCCUGAAGUUAUACCAGCAAAUGAGAUUGAUGUCACCUUCUCUGAUAUUGGUGCCUUAGAAGAGACAAAAGAAUCUCUUCAAGAACUAGUAAUGCUUCCUCUUCGAAGGCCAGAUCUUUUCACCGGAGGACUUCUAAAGCCAUGCAGAGGAAUAUUGUUAUUUGGGCCUCCUGGCACUGGGAAAACAAUGCUCGCAAAAGCCAUUGCAAAGGAAGCUGGAGCAAGUUUCAUUAAUGUGUCCAUGUCUACCAUCACUUCUAAAUGGUUUGGUGAAGAUGAGAAGAAUGUUCGCGCUUUAUUCACGCUUGCAGCCAAAGUCUCCCCAACCAUUAUAUUUGUUGAUGAGGUCGAUAGCAUGCUGGGGCAAAGAACGAGAGUCGGGGAGCAUGAAGCUAUGCGGAAAAUAAAGAAUGAAUUUAUGUCACAUUGGGACGGACUCAUGACAAAACAAGGAGAGCGCAUCCUUGUUCUUGCAGCAACCAAUAGGCCAUUUGAUCUGGAUGAAGCUAUUAUAAGGCGAUUUGAAAGGAGAAUCAUGAUAGGACUACCAUCUGUUGAGAAUAGGGAAAAGAUAUUAAGGACUCUUUUGGCAAAGGAGAAGGUGGACAAGGAAAUCGAUUUUAAGGAACUUGCCACCAUGACAGAAGGAUAUACCGGAAGUGAUCUUAAGAACUUCUGCACAACUGCUGCUUAUCGGCCAGUUAGAGAGUUGAUUCAGCAAGAGAGAUUAAAGGAUCUGGAUAAGAAACAGAAAGCUACCAAGGAACAUAACAAAGAUAUCCAAGACAGACAAGAAGAACAAUCUAUGGUAGGGAAUACCCAAGGAGCAAAAGAGAAACUUCAACACGAAAGAGUCAUUACUCUUAGGCCAUUGAAUAUGCAGGAUUUCAAAGAGGCCAAGAAUCAGGUUGCUGCAAGCUUUGCAGUUGAGGGAGCUGGAAUGAGUGAGUUAAUGCAGUGGAAUGAAUUAUACGGAGAAGGCGGUUCUAGGAAGCAAAAGCAGUUGUCAUACUUCCUGUGAAAAAUUACCAAGGAAGAGAAAGAAAGUCCCUUUUCAAUGAAAUUGUGUGGAAAACAUUUUCCUUUCAGGCAACCAAGUACACUAGUUAUUUAUGUCAAAUAUAUUCCAAUUCCAAUGAUAUCUUUGCUAUUUUGCUCAUAUGCAAGGAAUAUAAUUAGUUACAAGUGUAACAUAUUUUUUCUAUAAAUAAAUGUUUGCUGUCAAUCACAACAUGAUGUAUUGGUGUUUAUUUACUAGAAAUUUAUAUAUGGUGUUCAAGAGUAUUUUUUCUA